AUGAACGACGAUGCGCAAGAGGCCGCUUUGGGUUUGUUAGGCCUUACACCCACCAACCUUGUUGACUCGACCAACCCGCUCACCGCCAACAUCGCCCACACGACGACGCCGCUUGACGCCAACCACAAUCCCAACACCGACACGACGCCGCACGACACCAACCACAAAACGACACCACUGGACACCAACCACAAAACCAACCGAGUGGGCAUCGCCAAACCGAGCCCGUUGAUUGGGGGCGAGAAAAUGGUACCCUCGAAGCGGAAGGCGGUCCAUCUUGAUGUCGAGGAGGAGGUUUUACCUCCCGCUUCGAUACAGCGCACGACGUCAAAGGACCGGGCGGCGUCUUCUUCUUCGACUACACUGAACCGUCCACCGGCCGCAUCUUCGAGUCGACCGCCGUCGUCCACAGCGAACCGGCCACCCCAGUCCUCAACGCGGCCACCCACCUCAUCUUCGACUCGACCGCCGAAUUCGUCGACCAAACCACCGAGGGGUAGUCUAGCCACAGCACCACCGCUAGCGACAGCAUCAUCACAAGACCCCGACACGACGCCCAUCGACACGAACGCCAUCCGGUGCAUUUGCGGGUCGACGUUCGACGACGGCUUCAGCAUCGCGUGCGAUAUCUGCGAGCGGUGGUGCCAUGCUGCGUGUUUUGAUAUUGUGGAGGGGAGGGUACCCGAGGAGUGGAGGUGCUGGGAGUGUAGUCCCAGACCUGUGGAUUUUGCGAGAGCGGCGAGGCUGCAGAAGGAGAGGGUGAGGAUUAUUUUGGAUGCGCAGGCUGUUGGGGGUCGGGAGGCUCAAUCUUUGUGUUAUUCUAUACAGAUGCAGGGUCAAGGUUUAGGGCAGGGAGGAAGAGGGGGAGCAGGAGGGUUGGGGACGCCGGGGCCGAGGAGGAGGGCGAGUCCGGGCUCGGCGGUGGUUGAGAAGGAUGGGCGGAGGAGGAGGGCGGCGGCGGCCUCGGGGGACGGGGGGAGCCACAAACGCCGCCGCAGAAAUUCGACGCAUCAUACGCUGACACCGGUCCUCCCCACCGUCGUUGUGAACGGCGCGCACGGCCACACUGAAGACACACCGCCCACCGAUAUCAUCGACGUCGAGGAGGCGUGGAGUUCGUCGUACGUCCAUGUUUCGAAGGAUAUCGUGCCUAGUGAGGAGACGAGGAAGAAGCUUUGGGAGGAGGCGCAGAAGUGGCGGGGGGUGUCGGCGUUUAGCACGAGUUUGGACUCGGGGGCGCCUGUUGUGCUGCCGAAGGAGACGAUUGAGCAUCCGCCGAAUCUUGCGGUGCGUUCGCUUGACCCGCAGACGUCCGUCCACCCAGCCCUCUCCUUCUCGUCAUCGAACCAUAGCGUCCGCCCGCCGACAUUCGCACUGCACACCACCACCCCUAUCCCCUCGCACUCUUUCAUCUCGCCUUACACCUCCGUCCUGACCCCUUCGCGGCAUUACGUCGAGGACGUCUUGAAUGGCUAUGCGAGCACGGGUCUACCGAAACCCUUCGUCCAUUUGUUGGGCAAGCCGUGGGAUUUGGCGUUGGAUUCGAGGAUGGUGGGGUGUGAAGGACGGUUUGUGAGGAGUGGGUGUAGGCCGAAUGCGGUGCUUCGGCCUGUUAUUUGUGAGGAUGCGGCGGUGUCGACGCGGUCUAGUGCUUCUUCGAGGAAGAGGAGGAAGAGUUCGAAUUCGAAGGGGAGGGAUAAGGAUGGUGGAGGGAAGGAUAAAGACGGUGGGAAUGGAGAGGAUGUAGAGGAGGAAGAGGAGGCGCCCCUCAAGUUUGGGUUGUUCGCGCUUAGGGAUUUGAAGGAGAAUGAGGAGGUGGUUCUUGGAUGGGAGUGGGAUGAUGGUAAUGUUGUGCAUACUCUUCCUGCCGUUGUGGAGAGUCCUUGGAUGUUCAACACCCUCCGUUCGGCAUUUUCAUCGCUCGCGUCGUCGUGUGGCGAUUCGAUAUCAACCACGCAUCCAACGUCCAACCUGCGCCACUCUUCAACCAACAACCCUUAUGACGACCACAAUUCCACCGACCACAAUUCCACCGACUACUCAAACAGCUCGACGCAGCUCGCCCAAUUACGAUCUCAGAUCGCCAACAUCCUCCAUGCGCUGAGUUCGACGUUUACGACGUGCGCGUGUGGAGCGAGGAGUAAAGAGUGCGCGUUUACGUUGAUGGGGAGGUUUGUUAGUGGGGAGGUGCCUGAGUUUCUUGGUGGGGGUUUUGGGCGUGGGGAGGAGGCUCGAGAGUUUAGCGAUGGGAGGUGUGGAAGGGGGGAGUGUUCGAGGAGUAGAGAGCGAGUGGGUGAUAGAGGAGAGGAUAGGGAAGGGGUGAGGGAGGUGGAGGGGGAGGGGGAGUUUAGAGAGGGUUCGUCCAAGGAUGGAGAAGAUGGUGGUGUUCUGCGGGGAGGGCUUGGGAGUAAGCGAGGGUGUAGGACGAGGGAGAGGGUUGUGGGGAGUGGUGGGUUGGGUGGGUUGGAGGUUGUUGAUUUGACGGAUGGUGGGUUGGAGGGAGAGGGUAGGAGGAGGGCGGGGAAAGGGAAGGAGAGGGCUGUGGAUGGAGGUGGGGAUGGGGAGAGGGAGAGGGUUGGGAGGCGGAGACGAGCCUCUUCUCGAUCACGACACGACGGCAACGCAGAUGUCGAGUCGGUGUCUGGUUCACCGCUCGUCGAUACGCGUGAACUACGGCCUCCUGAUCCUGAUCGGAUGGACGUCGACGACGGCGAACCGGCAAUAUCGGCUCGUGGAAGGAGGUUAUCGGUGGAGCGUGCUGAGGGUGAUAGACGUGACGACGCGGUUGUGGAGGGCGAGAGCGAGAGCGAUAGACCGCCCGUAGAAGAGGACAUGCCGCCCAAGAUGAGGAAGAGGUGGAUGCAUAGGGCGUUGGGUGCGUUGAGGGAGAAGUUGGGGAGGGAAGAAAUGUCGUCGAUGACAACGACGGAUGGUCCGCCGGUAUCUACCAGUUCGACGAUCAAUGGUCCUCCGCCGCCUACGAGUUCGACAACGAAUGGUCCUCCACCUUCGACGAGCUCGGUUCUGCACGAUGCGCAGCUGCUCCACCCGCCGCCUCCUCCUUCGUCGCCUUCGAGUGCUGGGACGGAUGUUGAGAUGGAGGUUGAUGUUGGGAGAGGAGGUGUAUCGCCCGCUACGUCCUUUGCGCGCAUGUCGUUGGUCUCGCCCAGGCCUGAACCUGAACCCGACAAGACGACUGUCGAGAGCGAACCCGAGACACCCGCUUCAGCCAACCACCUGAACCCGACCUCCAUCGGCCGCCUCGAGAGACCGACGUCACCUAACCACCCUCGGAACUCGAACAGACCCAACCCCCUCGAGAGACCGACCUCGAUCGACCACGAGAAGCGCACCGUCGAAAGCGAAAACGAGGAAGUGGAGAGGAUGCCCCCUCCGCCUACACCGAAGAAGAGGGCUAGAGCAUCUGCUACGUUGCCUGCUAUCCCCAAGUCGCCUGUUAAGCGACGGGGGAGGAAGAGUGGUGCUGCGGCAGGGGCUGGCAGGAGGAAGGCGAGGAGGGUGGUUGUUGUGGAGGAAGAAGAGGGCGCGGAGGAGGGUGAGGACGAGGCUGGGAGGAGUACGGUUGAGAGCGAGGACGAGGACGAUGGCGAGCAAGGGCCCAGGCUACAGCACCCUGCUAAGCCCGAGGUUGCGAAGCAAAGCGAGGUUAGAAGUGAUGGGGAGGACCAUGACGAAGACGACGAAUCACACCUCCACCUCGUACCGCAAGAUCCGAACGAGAUUAUACCGGAUACGCCCAUGUCGCCUAGUCCUACGCCCGAGGCUUUGUCUUCUGAGGAGGACGAUGGCGGUGAUGAGGCGGAUGAGGCGGUUGUGGUGGUGGAACGGGAGGAGGAGGAGAGGGAGGAGACGCCGACGAAGGCAAUGACGAAGAAGAAGGGUGCUGCUGCUACGUCGAAAGCCGCGUCGAAGACCGCCAAGGGCCGGGGACGGGUUUCUUCUGCGAGGGAGAAGGUCGAGGAGGAGGUUUCGACGUCGACGGUGCCCAAGGGCAAGGCUGUGAAGACACCCAAAGCUAACGAGUCCGGGAAGAAGACCAAGGCGAAGGCGACGGGAGGCGUGAAGGUGAAAGCGCGGAGGCGGACGAUUGUUAGUGAUGAGUCGUCUGAGGAGAAGGAGGAUGUGCCGUCGAGGGAUGAACCGCCGCCUCGCGACGAGGUUCUCUCGAGGGACGAGGUCAGUGUGCCUUCGAGGGACCCAACACCCAAACACGCCACCGUUCCGUCGAGAGCUGCAAGCAAGUCUGCGACGGAGAGUCCGGCGUACUCGCCUUCGUCGCACGUUAUCGAGUUGGGAACGGCAGCGCGAGCGUCAACCGUCGACGAGCCCGCUCUCUUCUCCGCCUGUUUCUGCUCUCGCGUGGAUAGGGCGGAUAGGAACGAGGGGGAGAAGAUGGAUGUUGAUGGGGUGGAGAAGGAGCCUCCUACUCCGUUAUCGCCUACUUGGUCUGUUGGGGAGAAGGAUCAGGAGAAGGACGAAUCGGCGAAGGAUGGGCGAGCCUCGACGACGAAUGUUGAAGGAGCUUUGGCGGGUGGAGGAGGUAUACGCUCGGCGCCGAUGGAUAUUGACCUCGAUGCGAGGUCGAGGUCUGCUUCUGUCAUACCUGGGUUGGAUGUGGGUGUGCAGAAGCGGGUUAAUGGGGGUGUUAAUGGAUCGAGCGAUUCCACCUCGACGACAGCAACAGCUGGUGCCACCAACCCUUCGUCGGAUCCCGGAUCCCUUUCAGAGGGUACUGCUACGGGCACAGGUGUUGCUUCGAUACCGAUUGUUCCAGCACCUGUUCGUGAACCUACGCCUCCGCCGCCUCCACCGCCGAAAGUGAAGAUGACGCUCAAAGACUUUGCGAUGCGGAAGAGGAAGCAGAGGUUGGAGGAGGAGAAGAUGGGUGGGUUGAAGGAUAAGGAGAAUCAGGGUGUCGCCAAUGUUGGCGAAGGUGGUAAGGAGAUUGGUAAGGGGAAGGAGGGGGUGGUGAAGGAGGUUGAGAUGAAGGACGAUAGUAGGAAGGAGGAUAAGGCGAUGAAGGCCGACGAAGUAAAACGGUCUCCGACUAUCGCUCCUGCAUCGCCGAGUACGACGACUUGGGAAUCGCCUGCGGUUUCUCGAGCUUCACCUUCGACUUUCCGGGAGUCGCCGUCCGUCUCUCGUGCUUCACCGUCCUCUGCUCGAGAUUCACCCGCCAUCGCUCGAGAUUCACCCGCCAUCGCUCGAGAGUCACCUUCCAUUGCUCGAGAGUCACCUGCCAUGCCUCGAGACUCGCCUCUCAUCACCCCUCUUUCACCUCGUCCGCCCCGUGGUUGGUCAGAUUGGAGCGCGCCCUCGCCUGGUUUUGGAUCGGUUGACUCUCCUACACCUGGAGGAUAUGGAUUUGGUUCGACGGGUAUCGGGUCUGGUUAUGGUGUGGGUUCGCCGUCUAACCUCCUACUCGCUGGAUCCGCAUCAACCUCUGCAACGCCCGCGGCGACUACGACGACUACGACUACAACCGGCGAGCGCCCACGCGACACCCGACCAGCGUUCGAGAAACCUGUCUUGUCGUUGAGUUCGCUGAUUAGUUCGCCACCUCGUUCGUCAGCGAUGCCCAGUUCACUCUCCUCGGCGUCGACCAUCGUGGCUUCAGCUCCCCUCGCCGUCGCUUCAGCACCGACCUCAGUGUUCUCGAGUUCCGCGUUUGGAGCUCCCACGCCUGGUAUGGAGAGUACGGCAGCUACUGCGAUGUACGAUUAUUAUUCGCAGUUUGGGCCCGAUGGGGAGGAGUACGGUGCGAGGAAGGGGGAGGAGAAGGAAGAGAAGCGUGAUAGUGGGGAAGCCUCGAAGGAGGGGGAGAAGGAUGGAGCUAGUGCUGUGGCUGCAGAUUCCAAGAACGGGCGAGAGGAGAAGGACGACGACGCGGUUUCGUUGGGUGACGAGGAGGAGGAGGGCGAGGAUGUCAGUGGAAGGAUUCCCGUCCAGUCUACGCCUGCGCGUGUAGGCGCGAUCCCCAAUACCACGACAUCAAAGGCGAUGCAACCUCCGCCUACCGCUCCCCGUGGUGGUAUCCCCUCAAUGGGAGCAAGACGGACGACACCGACACCCAUUCCUUCAGCGCCACGUGGUCGAUCGAGGGAUGCGAGGACGCCGUCUGGGCCCGCUGCGUUCCGUGAGGGAACGAGGUGGGAUAGGGACAGGGAUGUGAAUGGACGUGGGAGGAGUGCGAGUGUUCAUGCGUCCAGCCCGCCCCCGCCUAGUUCAGGACUUGCAGCUCCACCUCCACCGCAGAGUGCGCCAGCGUUUACGAGGGUGGGUGCGCCUUCGGCGUCACCUUCGACUGCUACCACGGCGGCGAAUACAACCGCUACGACGACGACCACGGCGACACCGACUGCACCUCGUCCCAAGACUAUCCCUACUGGUCCGAGGAGUUGGGCGCAGUCACAAGCGCAGGGCAAUCCUCCCUCGACGAGGUGGGGUUCGCCGACGUCGAGCUCCGGUGGACCGCCGUAUGGGCGCGGUUCGUUCUCUUCGUACCGUGAUUCUGGGUAUGGACGAGAUCGGGAUGGUCCGUAUCGCGACUCGUACUCGUAUCGCGAUCGGGAUAGGGACAGGGAUAGAUCUGUGUAUAGAGACUUUGUGAGGGGUGAUAGGGAGCGAGAAGGAGGUGGUGGUGGGUUGGUGUCGUCGGCGUCGGUGGGGUGGGGUCUUAGUGGGCGGCCGCCGCCUGCUGCUCCUCGUGCGUUGAGGGAGAGGGAGGAGAGUCGGUAUGGUGGGCGUAAGUGA